AUUUGCGAUGACCUGCGAUGGCUCAAAUUGAUAAAAAUGGGGAGGGAGAAGACCAGCGGAACCUGCCUUGGGCCAAUAGUUGUUCUAGGUAAUUUAAGAUAGCCAAAAAUAUAAAUAGAAAAAUAGAAAAAGACAAACAUGGUCUGAGAAAAUGUUCCGAAGGGGACCGAAAAUUUUUUUGAGUAAGCGGGAAGCUUUAGUUCUAAAGGAUGCACGAGUUACAGGGGGUGAAAAAAAUCAUCAAAUGAAUGACAAAAGUCCUAGAGUUCAAUUUUGGUUCGAGUUAGCGAGGAUUCGAGUCAUCUUGGACCUUCUAAAACGUAGUUCAGAAUCUACUGGAAAUGUACCUCCAAUCCCUCCCUCUAGAGCAGUAAGCCGCUCUUUCAGUUCAGAGAUCAUCGAGCAAGCUGAAAAUAAAUUAAGACAAUGGUCCAUGAAUCGCUUUAGUGAAGCUAUGCUUUAAAUAUAAGAGCAACGGAAUGGAAAACUUGUUUUCAGUUUUCAAUAAGCUGCCGAGAGGUAAAAUUAUACAGCUAAUUCGUUGUCAACUUUGUCCUAAUUAGGGAGAACAGUUUUUUUAUCUAAUUUUAUUUCUAAAUCUGCGUUGUCGUGAAAACCUAAAGAAAACCAUCUUAGUUGCUAUUUCUUUAAGAGUGUUUUUUUUUAACUACAGCGGGUUACAAGUUUAUUAUUAGGUAUUCAUUGUUAAAUUUUACCCUCUUUGCAUUCUCCUAGUUCCUCCAUGCUCUCCUCCAGUUCCUUCACCCUGUUCGAUAGCUUCUUAAAUUUUCCUCCUCCUUUCCCUCCAAGCACAGGUUUUACCUCUUCCAUCAGAGUAACUAACAAUAGGCAAACCAGAAAUGUAGAUAUUCGUCGGGUAGACAUUUCCGCUGGGUAAAUGAAGGUAAAAAUGCAGCUUACUCGUUACUGUCUUCCGCACUCACAGAAAAAUUGAUACGGUUGAAAAACACGUUAUUCACCAAUUUUAUAACAAUACCUCUAACCCCCUAAGAACUUUUAUCCGCCUGUGUUAUUCCGCCUGUGUUGCAGUUGAUUUUGUCGCUGACUGGAUCUCAUCCUCUCUCUUUGAGCUUUUCAGUCUUUCUUGUAAUUUUUUAUUUUUAAAGGAUCCUUACUCUUUUUUUAUUUUCUAUUUUUUAAUUUUUUUAACUUUUUCCCGAACUUUAUACUCAUGUACGUGGACUCAAAACAGAUUUAUAUGAGGCUAGUGGGGAUUAUGCGGGUAAAAAAGCCACUUAAAGAUAGGAAUGUGUUUUCGGGAUGAUCAUCAGUAUUCACAAUAAGGAUUCUUGGCUAAAUAAUAGUAAUGGGUCAUUUUUUAUAAUUAAGUAUUAUGCUUCUGAGAAGAAAGUACUCCUUAAUAACUUUUUAAAUAGGUCGUAUUUCAUUUGAAUGGUAAGCAAAAACAAGGGAGGACUAUUUUGAUGUUUGAACUUAAAGAUGUUUAAGAAGAGUAUCAAGGUUGUGUUUUUUGUAGAAAUUCAUGGAGCAUCCUCGCCAAUUUAAAUUCAUUGGCUUUUUACCGUGUAAAAUUAUAGAAUUAUGCAUGGUGCACGAAAAAGUAAUGGAACCAAUUAUUUUUUGUUAGUAUGGUAUGAUUAUAUGAGCGCAACGGGUGAAAAUCAGCUAAAGACUUUUCGAUAAAAACCUCGACCGUCGAGCGCUAUUGAAGGAAUUUUUCUUCUUUAAAACAAGAGUACUUCUGAGUUAUAUAGUUAUUCCUCUCUGAACGUGUAGUGCUUUGCGUUCCUACUGAAAAUAGAAAUCCUUCGGAGUAUGGCGGAGCUCUUAAUUACUUACUUCGUAGUUGCUGUGCAUGGAGAUAUAAACGGUAUACACGACGGAUAAAACAACCUGCGUGUGUAAAGGCCUAAUGGUUACAAAAGUAAAACGUCAGACGUUGAUUACGUACCUGAAAUGAUCUUGGUCAAUCUGUUAGUAUUCAGUACUCAAACCUAUCACAAAAUGAAAGACGAAAUGUUAAAAUUGACCGAAAUCUGUAGUGCUACACAUUGAUUGUGGACCAAAAAAGUCAUUUGAAAAGAGGAGACAACCUCUGGUCCUCGGCUGAUCGAAGGAAUCCUCCAAAGACAAAUUGCCAGCCUCCAGAAAAGUGACGGUUUUGUUUUGUAAGCGGGCGUUGGCCAUGAAACGUUUCAUCGUCUUAUUGGUUGCUUAUGAUGUCAAGACUGCAGUGAUAGGGUAGAAUGAAAAAGCAAAGUUUUUAUUGUACUUACAAACAAACAAUAAAAACUGUUCAACUCGACACCUCUUUUUCUUAGAUGUGACUUUAGGUGUAAACAUAUAGUACUUUUCAUCCUCCGCACUGAAUUCAUAAUCAAAAAAAUUAAACGAAUAGCACGUAGCUCUCUUGGAGGUGGUACCUUGGGUACGCCCUUUCUUCUCCGAAUUUCCUGUUUAUUUUGUCGUUAUGUAACAGUCUUCCAGAACUAUAUUCUCUUAGGAUAUCUCCUCGACUAUGAUAUUAAUUCUGUUAAUAAGUUUAUUAUAAUUUUUAUAUCGACAAUCUUGUUUUUUUUUUGCCUGAACUUGACUGUAAGACUAAGAAAUUCAAGGUAGAAAAUCAUUUUGUAAAGCGUAAACAUCUCGAAGGUAAUAUGUGAACUCCGCUCUGCGUAGCUCAACGUGAUUCGCAAGUUAAGUGCAAAGUUAUUAGUUAUAUCAUUACUAUAGGUAGCAGACAACAGUUAUUCUAGCAGGUGACAAUAGUUAAUCUACAAGCCGACAACAGUUAUUCUACCAGCUGACAAUAGUUAAUCUACAAGCCGACAACAGUUAUUCUACCAGCUGACAAUAGUUAAUCUACCAGCCCACAAUAGUUAAUCAAUCAGCCGACAAUAGUUAAUCAAUCAGCCGACAAUAGUUAAUCAAUCAGCCGACAAUAGUUAAUCUACUACUAUAACAAAUAGUUGGAAUGCAAAGCACUACACGACUAGAGAAGAAUAGCCAUAUAACUCAGAGGUAAGACUCAAAACAUUCGACAACAACAAUUCAUUGGACUCUGAUGAUGACUUUCCCUCAGGUUGUCAAAACGUCAAUCGUUACUACCGACAAAAUUCCUUCUCAGGACUACACUCACCCGGACGAUCAAACCACACUAUUACAAUGAUGCCCUUGUUGAAAUUUUUUGAAAAUAUCAAGUGUCAAUGAAUAAUCUGUUAUGUAAUCCACAAUAAAUACGAACAUAAAAGCUUUUGCUAAUAAAAUACGCCGCUGAGGCUUCAGGACAUCAUCAAAUUUGGAAGUGUCUAUUUUUUGAGUUGAAAAUACACAUUCAUUCAUUAGGCUAAACCAGUACCGUAAUUUGAAUUGGUUUCCACCAUAAUGGGGAGCAAAAAAAUAUUUUCAAAUAAUUGAACAAACAUGGAAACACUGCAAAAAUCAUUAAACGAUAUUAGUAGUUUAUAACAUCAAGAGGUUAUAAACUACUAUCUCUUGUACAUUGAAUUUUGUUAGAAGUUAUUUUUUUUUUGUUCAGUUGAAGUUUUCUUUAUUCUUCUCUUUCUUACGUACAACUAAUUACCUCGGGACUAGCUCAGAUCUCUCUAAGAAAGUGUGGGUCACCGCUUAUAAAGGUGACGCUUACUGAGCUGUCAAUCUCUACCUUCCUCAAGCUUUUGCACUUAACUUGCGAAUCACGUUGAGCUACGCAGAGCGGAGUUCACAUAUUACCUUCGAGAUGUUAACGCUUUACAAAAUGAUUUUCUACCUUGAAUUUCUUAGUCUUACGGUCAAGUUCAGGCAAAAAAAAACAAGAUUGUCGAUAUAAAAAAUUAUAAUAAACUUAUUAACAGAAUUAAUAUCAUAGUCGAGGAGAUAUCCUGAGAGAAUAUAGUUCUGGAAGACUGUUACAUAACGACAAAAUAAACAGGAAAUUCGGAGAAGAAAGGGCGUACCCAAGGUACCACCUCCAAGAGAGCUACGUGCUAUUCGUUUAAUUUUUUUGAUUAUGAAUUCAGUGCGGAGGAUGAAAAGUACUAUAUGUUUACACCUAAAGUCACAUCUAAGAAAAAGAGGUGUCGAGUUGAACAGUUUUUAUUGUUUGUUUGUAAGUACAAUAAAAACUUUGCUUUUUCAUUCUACCCUAUCACUGCAGUCUUGACAUCAUAAGCAACCAAUAAGACGAUGAAACGUUUCAUGGCCAACGCCCGCUUACAAAACAAAACCGUCACUUUUCUGGAGGCUGGCAAUUUGUCUUUGGAGGAUUCCUUCGAUCAGCCGAGGACCAGAGGUUGUCUCCUCUUUUCAAAUGACUUUUUUGGUCCACAAUCAAUGUGUAGCACUACAGAUUUCGGUCAAUUUUAACAUUUCGUCUUUCAUUUUGUGAUAGGUUUGAGUACUGAAUACUAACAGAUUGACCAAGAUCAUUUCAGGUACGUAAUCAACGUCUGACGUUUUACUUUUGUAACCAUAAGGCCUUUACACACGCAGGUGUUUUAACUAAAAAGUGGAUAAAACCGCUUCUUUAAAAAAAAAUUUCGCCAUUUUAAUAAAUGUACACUGUUGCUAUGGAUUAACAAGUAAGUUCAGCUCUGUUUUUGCCAUAUUGCAAACUAGAGUGUAAAGGCUACGAAGUUCUGGUCAGGGCUAGCAGGAAGAAUACCUACGGUUUGGGCGGCCUUGCAUGUGACGACGAAAUAGAAGAAGCGUGGUACCGCUUCACCGGAGCCGCAGGCUCAAAGAUGCCAGAGUCACCACCAAAUGAAGACAUGUGUGGCACGCGCGCACCGGGGUGGCUGAAUGGACGACAUCCAUCUGUUGCCGAGGGAAAGGUACACUGAUCACUCUUCUUACAAAAAUUCCUUUUUUUUCUGGGUAAUUCAUAGAAACAAACAUUAGCCUCCGUUUGGCGCGAAUUUAUUCUCGAAAAUUUAUCCAUGGACAUUAUUUGUUCCGAGAAGCGAAUGAUUGCGAAGAGCGAAGUAUUAGGAAAGCUGUGGACUUCGGAUAACAGAUGA